AUGGGAUGGCUGAAAAAGAUUCGCGACUUGCCGUGGGAAAAGAUCGAUCCUACAAACAAAAACUCCGAGGUUCGCAAGGAGCUCCGCAAGAUAGAUGAGCACGUCUUCCAACCAACCUGGGAUUUUCUUGGUGCCGCUGCUGUGUCUCCAAUUGUCACAGCUUACAUAGAAUAUUUGGAAGGGCAGGCCAAAGGCAAAUACAAGCCUCUUCCCCAAUGGCUUAAGCUCGUCCUGCAUGAGCUCGGGUCCUACGACAUUGACCUGAGCCGUGUCAGCUACGCAGAGGGCAUCAACACACUCCAAGAUAACAACGCUAUUACCUUUGGUUACAACAUCCACUUCCCCCAAGCCAUUAACCUCGAUAGGACCUCGCCAUCCCGGGACGACGUCUGGUGGAUCCUCCACGAACUCGAACACUGCGUCCAGUAUCGGAAGCUGGGCGGAGUCGGCCCCUUCCUCGCCAAAUAUAUCAUCAAUACCGCAGGCUCUUCCAUCGGCGCUGUCUCCGCUGGCUCAUGGGAGAAGUUCAUCAUCAAGACGCACAACGGCAUGCAGAUCGAGAAGGAUGCGUCCAACAAGGCGGACAGCAUCCUCGAAACCGUCAUGGCCGAACUUGACCAGCUCGCACUCGGGCGGCCGACGGUGCUGGCGCGGAAUCUCGGGGCGCGGAUCGAUUGUACCAACCAGACCAUCUAUGAGGGUGAUUAUCUCGAAUCAGCGGAUGGGAGGCAUCAGUUCAUUCUGCAGGGGGAUGGGAAUGUGGUGCUGUACGGGCCGAGCCAUACGGUGAUGUGGUCCAGCUCGACGGAUGGGGUGGGACGUCCGCCGUACAGAAUUGUAGCGCAAGACGAUCGGAAUGUUGUCCAGUAUGAUCGGGAUAACAAGGCUAUUUGGAGGACAGACACCAGGGAAGUGGGGCACACUGGCUGCCGGCUUCUCUUGCAGGAUGAUGGGAACCUUGUGUUGUAUCAGCCUCGCGCAGAAGGUUCCGGGCUGGUGGCUAUCUGGAAUACCCAUACUUCUACUUAA